AUGGCCAACGUCCUGGCGCUGCCGGUGGACUACACGCCGAGCCACGCCUCCUCGUCGCUCUUUUCGAGUGUGCGGCAGCGAAGACUGCCUACGGAAGACGACUGGCAGCAUAAUGAGUUUUCUUUUGAGCCGUUUGUGAAGCGCGAGCUCAAGAUCCGCCUCGAUACCGAAGACGAAGUCUGUCCGCGGUACGCAAAAGGGCGCUGCGAUUUGCAAAGCCGGUGCCCCCUGCGCCACGUCGUGACGCCCUCACCCGCAGUGCCUGCGCUCGGGCGCGAUGCGAUGCGGCGGACGGUGUGCAAGCACUGGCUGCGUGGACUGUGCAAAAAAGGCGAUGCGUGCGACUACCUGCACGAGUACGACCUGCGGCGCAUGGCCGAGUGCCGCCUCUUUGCGACGUAUGGCUUCUGCAACUCGGGCGACGAGUGCCUCUAUGUGCAUAUUGACCCCAGCGUCAAGCGGCGCGAGUGCGAGCUGUACAAGCGCGGUUUCUGCCCCCGGGGCCCCGAGUGCCCCAAGAAGCACAUGCGGCAGGUCGCCUGCCCGUACUACCUCGCCGGUUUCUGCCCCCUCGGCCCCGACUGCAAUAUGGGACAUGUGAAAGCCAUGAUUCCCUCGCCCGAGUCGCGAGCGACCACGCCGCUGCUCACGCACCGCCCCCUGUCGAUUAUGGAGGCCUUUGGCACGGGCCCCGGCAUCCACGAGCUGCCGACGGACCCCCGCACGGGCCGUGCGGUGGUGCCCGAGUCCGACUGGGCUGCCGCCGAAGAGCUGCGCAAGACACCGAUGGCCGCGGCGCCGCGCGAUCCCCGCCGGCGCGAGCUGAACGACGUGCUGUGCUACAAGUGUGGUGAGUACGGUCACUUUGCGAAUGCUUGUGUCAACCCCGGCCGCCCCGGUGGGCGCGGCGGCAUGGACCGUGGGGGCCGUUGGCGGUAG